AUGUCAGGGUGGGAUGGUAAGACGGCUACAGCUCCUACCAAGUCUCCCUUUGCAAAUGCCCGUCCCGAUGGUCGAGCUUUCAACUCUCCCAAUUGGCGCAUGAAGGUUGCAAGCCCAACACCAUCACCAUCGCGCACCAACGCUAGCCCGAGCCCGAGCCCCAACCCCAACCCCAAUACCUCCCGCGCAGCCUUCAGCCGGCCCGGAGCGCACGUCCCUCAAGCGAUUAACGAUGGGCGCCGCCUAUACGUCGGCAACAUGCCAUACACGGCCAAGAUGGAGGAUGUGGAGGCGCUGUUCAUAGCGGCCGAGUUCCCUAUCGAGCGCAUAGAUAUUGCCAUUGAUCCUUUUACCGGCCGGAACCCCUCCUACUGCUUCGUUGACCUGCAGAACAAGGAGCAUGCUGAGCGCGCCAUGACCGAGCUCAAUGGCCGCGAUAUGCUGGGUCGCCCUGUCAAGAUCAAGCCCGGUGUCGCCAAGUCUCAGGAGCGCAUUCAGAACCCGCCUGAGCCGUUCCGCAUUGAUCGUUGGCGCCAGCAAGAGAGACCUAGCUUUGCGAAGGUCAACAGUGACUCCAGCAACCGCGUGUAUGUAGGUGGUCUGCCGCGGUUGACCGACCACGGGGCUGUGCAGAGCAACAUCGAGCUUUUCUUCCGAGGAUUCAAGGUUGAGAAUGUUAGCAAGGUCUUCGCCCCCCACCCCGCUAAGCGGUUCGAUCCGGGCGAGCACUACUAUCUGUUCGUCGAUGUGGGUACUCCCGAGCAAGCCCAGAAAGCUAUGGAUACACUGAAUGGCCAGCAAGGACCGUGGGGUGGUCCGCUACGCGUCCAGUUUGCUCGUGGUCCCAAGGAUGCCUGA